CAACCGUGCGAUGCACGUGUGAGUAAACAAACACGUGGUGAUGGGUGAUGCGGCCUGCGCGUCGAAAAAGGCGCGGAAGCGAGUUUCCGAGAGUAAGAAUGAGACGCCGACGAAGAAGGCGAGGGUCAACGGGUUGGUCGAGGGAGAUCCUAGACGCGACGUAGACUCGGAAAGUAACGAGAAGAGGAACGAAUUUGACGGACGAUCUCUGAGAGCACUUCUCUCCACCAGCGGGUUGGACGUUCUGAGGAAGUUCGUGACGAUAUGCAACGAGAACAAGGAGAGGGACCUCGCGGCGGAGUAUUUGCUCGCUGGUGGAGAUGUCCUCGAAGUCCUCAAACUAUUAGAUCUCUCUGACAAGAAGAAUAUCAGCAGUGCCAUCACUGUCUUUUCUGCGAUUAAUAUUUUACUCAUGAAAAUCUUGGCGGAGUAUCCUCAAUACCAGAAUAGAGCGGUGGAAGCCUGUCGCCAUCUGUUGAACUCGUACAUGUCUGUUAUACACUCAAUGCUCUCAAUUCAAAGCAAUAUCAAGCAGCGCAAAGUGGUGUUGAGGCUGCUGACAGCAGUAGUAUCUUUGGAUAAUAAUUUAGCCAGAGAGUUACUUGCACAUCUGUCACUGCAACGAAAUGUAUUGGAAAAUCUAACGCAACACAUCAAGCCCACGGAUCCUCAAAAUGUCAGGACAUGUUUCAUCCACUUUAUCCUUGCUUUUCUUGUGGAGAGAGAUUCAGUAGUGAUUAAAACAUUGUUGGAUAAACGUGGUCUACUCUCCUGCAUCUUCUCAGAUUUAUUGUACGAUUCCAAGGACAUUGUUACUCUGAUUCUGACCACUGUAAAGACAUAUGUUUUGGAGAACACUAGCAUUACUAAAACAAUGAAGCUACAUGUAUUUUCUACAUCUGUUGUGUUGAAUCUAGUAUCGUUGUACAACUGGAAAGGCCCAACCAAUUGGCCCAAGAAUAAAACUCGCCAUUCUGACGAGAGCGAAGACUUUCUAGCAGAUAAAGAGAUUGUUAAUGAUGCAAUUCAUGCAUUCUUAAUCAUUCUCUUGACGUCACAUCGUUAUGGAAUCAUCUUUCAUGAUCGAACACUGGGUGGUUCUCGAAAUAAACACAAUCAGCUGGUGCAUACAGUUCUUCAGAAUUUGGAGAAAGCUUGGGAACACGAAAAGCCAUCGGAUCUAGUUAUUAAAAUAAUGGUGGCUUGUCCUGAUCUAAUACGUUCGCAAUAUAAUGUUAUCGAGCCAUUUCUCGAACCUCGCGUGUCACCCAAGUGGAUUUGUCUUCUCAGAUUUAUAAAGAAGGUAAUCGAAUCACUCGAUGCAGUUAGUUGCAUCAAGACAUGUGCUAUGGAAUUAAAUGCAAACAGAUUGAUAAACAAACUAUUGUUUUUGAUAGUCCCAGAUAUAAUUAUAAAAAACGCUGUCUUGCCAGGAUUAAGUCACGACAGCUUGCUUGUCAGACAUGAGAUCUUGUCUCUUCUUUUAGCAAUGACUUGUCAGCUGAAAACCGUUUGCUCCACCUUAAAAGACUUCCACAAAACGUUCGUAGUUCAAAACCAGAUAACGGAUUUCAUUCUGAGGAUUAUUCCCAACUUGGAAGUUAUCUUCAAAGUAUGGAACCAAGCCUUUGAAGCUGAUGCUAAUACGAUAAAUUUGGAAGAUACUGAAAAUAUUCACAAGCCGGACUUGUUAGAUCAUCUCGAUAUCAUUUUGAACGUUCUUCAUUCGUACAAAGAUAUAUGUCCAGAAUUGUUAGAUAGUUCGAUGAAUUUGCAGCCGAAUGUGCUUUUAUCAAGUCUAAAUGAUCUUCAGGAUGAUGAAGAAGAGGAUGAAGGAGUCAAAGCGAAGGUGAACUGUAUGAAGGUGAAAGCAAUACAAUUCCUGCUCGCCCUGGACUCCUCCAUCUUUGCGCCUAGAGAGAAAGCUUUCAAGAAAGCCCUUCCCUUUUUGAUAUCUCUAAUCCAUCAAACAGCAUCAUCAGAAAGCUACGAUGCUACUAAAAUGUUAUUAAAUUCGACAGGCUUGUUUGAAGCUUGUGAGAAUGAGCUGGAUAUCUGGAUUAAUGGUUUCUCGAUGAUAACUGAUCCUGAAGAAAAGAAAGAAUUAAUACACUGGUUCAUGUCCAUUUUAAAAAGUUGCAUUAAACACACUGAUAAAUAUAUAAACAGCAUAACGCAAGCAGAAGAAGCGUUAAAUGACCAGGUGGUUAGUCUUGAUGUAAAAGCAGAAGAUAUAAUUAAUGAGUUAUUUGAAAAGGCUAACUCGAGUCCUUGCGAUAAAGAAGUUGUAGAAUCUUUAAUUAAUGGAAGAUUAAAUUUUGAUGCAAAAAGAGAUGAUAUAAUUAAUUAUAGUCUCGAUAAACUCGUUGAAGAAAACUCGAAAGUCGCCAUUAAAUCUAUUGAUAAGUGCAUGAUGCAGAGAAAUGAGCAAAUAACUAAUUUUGAAGAAGUAAAGAAGAUGGAAAAUGAAAUCAAUCGGCUACUCGAUAAGAUCAAUCCCAAUAGUUUUCUUUCUAAUACUAAUGGCCAUUCUCUCCUUUUAAAUCAGGUUUUUUCUACAUCGACAACUGCAAUUAAUCAACUUGCCACUUUUGAUAGAAAGAAAACCGAUGCUGCGAUCGAUCAUUCCUCCAACAAGUUUAGCAAAGAAAAUCUUAACUUUUGCCAAAUGCAAGCUUAUACGUCGGUGUCACCUCUCUUAUGCUGCGCUUUUGAGAAGAUAAGAGCAGAAAAUUCCACCGUCAUUUUGAAUUAUUUAUCCUAUGUGACUAUUCACACUUUACAUUAUCAGGUCGUUCCAGAUAUAUUGGUUCAUUUGGCGAUAGAUUUGACCGAUUUGCCAAUUUAUAAACACUUAGAAAGUUGGUCGAGCAAGGAGCAACCAGUUCCCUUGGAAAGUAAGCUCCCGUGCUUGAAAUUAUUGCACAAACUGAGCAACAAGUUGUUAACGAAUUCCAAGAUAGACAUAACUAAACUCUUCAAGGUGUCUGGCGAUGAAUACUCGUGCUGCUUUAAAUGUGGCGACGAAGAAAUCACUAUUAAGCACUCUUUAUCUUCGCACGAUGUCAAGGCUUUGCUAGAGAUGACUGUGUUUUAUUUAGCGCAGUUAACUCAGCGGGGAAUCCUGCAACAAAUCCAAAAUGAAACCUGCAUUUGCAUGCAAAUGCUAUUUCUAAAUAUUGCACGAUCUAUGAAUAAAAAAAACAUGAAAAUAUUCGAAGAAAACGUAACACGUAUUUUCACGCAUCCUAUUCUGUUGCAGUAUUUCUCACCAUUUUGUAGAGAAGCGUUGAAAGAUUCGACCAACGAUAUGAUAACUGGAACUAUUCUAGCACUCUGUGAAAUUGUUGUGUCCUUCGAAAAACACGAUGAAGCCCAUGAUAUUUUCCUUGCAUUUAGGAACAAGUUCCUUGAACAAUUGAGAAGCAUCAUUGAAAAAGUUCCUUCAGAAGCCUCUAGUAGUAAUUAUAACAUCGCAUUAUUGAAGGUAUUGCAAUUGAAGGCGGGAGAUAUUACGAGUUUGCUAAUUGCUUUGAUGAAGCUGGAGAAAACUGUAUUUAUUUCAAAUGAUAAACGAGACCUAUCUUUGUUCGGACAUAUCGUCCCAGUAUUGUUGGAUAUGUAUUGCAGCGAGGAAUUAAAAUCACAGCUCGUUCAAUGCAAUACAUUGAACGAACAGUUCGUGGAAAGAUUGAGCCUGCACCUGGUGUAUUUAAAAUCUAAUAAAAUACAAUGUGUGGAGAGGUGGGAGCAAGCUUUAGCAAAGUACUUGUCCACCUUUCCACGUGAUGUUGCUGGUAUCAGGACUGAUACUUUCGCAUUAUUACUAACGAAGGGUAUUACUCUGUCCACGAUUCAACUGAUAGCGAUUUUAAUCAACAAAAAUACCAGAUUAAUUCCGUCGUUGAUGAAAUACCUACUCAAGAUGGAGAAUGUGAAGCAAGGAGAUGUCGUGUUUCCAAUAUUGGCCAGUAACUUGAAAUUUAAAUGGACCGAGAGAUUUCUUCAGAGCCUUUACAAGAGUUACAGCGAUGAUAUCGCUGCCUAUCUAAUCGAGCCACGAAACCCUGUUCCUUGGAUCGAAGAAAACGCAGCUGCGAUCGCUUAUCUCAUAGAGAACACCUUCGAUCAUCCCUUAUGCGAGAAAACUUGCGACAGUAUUUCCCAGAACGGCGAUAAACUGGACAUGGUGUCCGUUUAUUUUGUGCAGUUGUUGGAAAGUCUGUACAAGAGAUAUGCAAGUCUGAUAACAGUCAAAGAAAAGCCUCUAACUGAUCUAAUAUUGAUAUUAUUGCAUGUAUUGACUUCAACACUGAAGAAGGAGUCGAAGAACAUGGAAAAGAUCAAAGUGUUAUGCGAGAAGCUUGAUAGUUCAGUGAUUUCCUUAAAGAAGAAUAAACACUUUAUCUUCAGUUCAUUAAGCAAGAGUUACUCGUGGCCGCAAUUCACCAGAUUCUCUUUGAAAUUAGGUCUGAAGGACGCUAAAGAUGAUGAGAUCCAAUCGAACAUAUUGAAGAAUCUGAGCAAUUUGUGCGAUAUUGCGUAUGAAGAUAACAAGAACGACGAAUAUGCCAAGACGUUAUUCGAAAUGACGACGUCUCACUCAGAGUUUGUUAACAUCAUGCUCGGCUCGUCCAUCGUUAAAGAUGAUCUGGUCGAAUUACUCAGGAUCCUAAUUCGAAAGAAUCAAUCAGUAAUAAGCGUCUCGCACGUGUCUCUUUAUCUCGCGGCUUACAACGCCACUCUCAGCAAGGCUGAUCAGCGCAUUUUGAAGGUUUUACGCUAUUAUGAGGCUCAUGGCGUUAAACUUCAGCAAUACUGGCCAUACUUGUGGGGAAGUGCUGCGGCAACGCGUUACAGUGUAAAGGGAGAGACGGAUACUGUCCUCUGGAGACAACCUUCCGCUUCCGAGAUUUUUAACUUGUUCGAUAAGGACGUCAUCAGUGAGACUAUAAGAAAUUAUCCCAUAUAUAGAACGUUGGAAGCUGAUGAAUUACAACAAUACGACAACAAUAAAGUAUACGAUCCAGCAUUUUAUCUGCCGUUGCUGUGUUCUUUAUUGGCGGAAAACAAUGUUAUUGCGUGUUACAAAAUAAAUCAAAGUGACACGUUAGCCUUGGUAUUCGUUGCGUGCUGCAGCGAUUCGAGCAGCAUUCGACUGGCAGCAUACACCAUCAUCUCUAGAUAUUAUUUCCACUUGGAAGUAUCUAAGCCGAAGGAGAAAUUACUGUGGAUACGUCUGAUCGAUGCUUUACGAAAUGGCAUUUUGUUGCUGAAAUGUCCAUUAAAGGACGUUCGUCUGAGUUGUCUGGUAACCACUUUCCUCGCCAGGGCUUCGUUGAUUGUCAGUCAACCCCUGCACCCGCUCUACUCGUCAUUGCAUUCCUUUUUAAUGGCCAAACCUGCGUUGGAUCUAAAUACUAUACCAGAACUGUUGCAGUUAUUGCAUAGUUCACAUAUAGAACACAAUGCUCAUCGAAACUGGAUUCUGGAGAAUAUUCGGGACGGCAUGAGAAGGGAGGACGAUGUAGAUAUGGCUCUGAAAUGCGUGUUAUUUAGGAUGCUUCUAGAUUUUCACACUUGCAUACUAUCAGACACCAAGACUAAGAGACUAAUCUUGGAAGUGAUCGCCUCUACUACCAAAAUUCCUAAGGCAUCCUUGCUCCUCGUACGAGGAUACGGUAUACUUCCUUGGCUGCACGAAAUUACUUACCGCAACGAGGACGUUUGUGAGAGGAAAAUUGGAAUUAUUAUUAAUAUAAUUGAAAAUCUAUUGAAUAGCUUAGACAAUUCAACAGAGGACGUUAUUCAUUAUAAAUUCCUAUUGUUUAGGAUCCUUUUGCGAUUAAAAGCAUGUUUAAAAUAAAUAUAAAAUUCGCAUCAUUUAGUUGCAUUUUCUUGCAGUCUUCGUGAUUGAAACAG